AUGCGCGCCCCUCCCGCCGCCGCCGCCGCCGCCGCCGCCGCAGGCGGCUUCAACUCGCCGUGGACGCUCGCCAUCCGCGCCGCGGCGGACCAGGGCCGGCCCCGCCGCGCCGUCGCGCUCUACCUCUCGUCGCUCCGCGCGUCGCACCGCCCCUGCCCCUUCGCCCUCGCCGCCGUCCUCAAGUCCGUGCCCCGCCUCCCGGCCCACGCCGCGCUCCCCGCGGCGGCCUCCUUCCACGCGCACCUCCUCCGCCUCGGCCUCCUCUCCCACCCGUACCCGCACGCCGCGCUCGCCCACCUCUACUCCCGCCUCCUUCCCGCGCACGCACCGGGCCUGCUCGAUGGCGCGCCCGCGCUGCGCCGCCGCCACUCCCUCCUCGUCGCGUCCAACUCGCUCCUCGCUUCCCGCCUCCGCGCGGGGGACGUCCCCGCCGCCCGCGCUCUGUUCGAUGCGAUGCCCGCGCGGGACGUCGUGUCGUGGAACUCCAUGGUCGCCGGCCUCGCCAAGGCCGGCCACCUCGACGAGGCCAUCCAGCUGUUCGACCAAAUGCCCGAGAGAAACGCCGCGUCCUGGAACGCCCUGGUGUGCGGGUUCAUCGCACAGGGCCAGCUUGCUCGAGCGAGGGAGCUGUUUGAGCGAAUGCCCGUCAGGAACAAUGUCUCCUGGAUCACGAUGAUCUCAGGGUACGCCAAGGUUGGGGACGUCCAAGCUGCUGCUGACCUGUUCGAGAGGAUGGAAAGUAAGGACCUUUACGCAUGGAACGCGAUGAUUGCAUGCUAUGCGCAGAAUGGCUGCGCCCGGGAGGCGCUUGGUAUUUUUAACCGGAUGCUGAAGCCGCAUGUUUGGGUGCUGCCCAAUGAGAAGACUUUCUCAUCUGUCAUCUCUGCUUGCUCGCAGCUGGGGGACUUGAGGUUCGGCCUUUGGGUCGAGAGUUUCAUGGGGUCAGUGGGGGUUGAGCUGGAUGAUCACCUGCGCACCGCUCUGGUUGAUUUGUACACAAAGAGCGGGCGGAUGGAUAGAGCUUUCAACUUGUUCAGAUGCUUGCAAACGAGAGACCUGGUGUCUUACAGCGCAAUGAUAGUGGGCUGUGGGAUGCAUGGAAAGUUAAGUGAAGCUGUUGGGUUGUUCAAGGAAAUGUCUGAUGCUAAGAUUGAUCCUAAUGCGGUGACUUUUGUGGGGUUGUUGUCUGCAUACAAUCAUGCAGGACUGAUUGAAGAAGCCCGUGUUUGCUUCACUUCCAUGUCAAGCAAGUAUAGGAUUAAUCCCACAGUGGAGCACUACACUAUUAUGGUAGAUCUUCUUGGGCGUAGCGGAAAGUUGGACGAAGCAUUCCAGCUGAUCAUGCAGAUGCCAAUGCGGCCACAUGCUAGUGUUUGGGGUGCCUUGCUUCUUGCUUGCAGGUUGCACAAUAAUGUUGAGCUUGGGGAGGUUGUUGCUUCAAAGUGCUUUGAACUGGAGCCUGAAGAGACUGGAUAUUACAUUCUCUUGGGUAACAUUUAUGCACAAGCAAAAAAGUGGGAAAAGGUUAAGAGGUUAAGGAAGCUAAUGGUGGAAAGAGGUUUGAGUAAGAUGCCUGGGAGUAGCUGGGUACAUGUUGCGUAA